CCCCACCACCCAGCCAUGGAAGCCAUCAAGAAGAAGAUGCAGAUGCUGAAGCUGGACAAGGAGAACGCCAUCGACCGGGCCGAGCAGGCGGAGUCGGAUAAGAAAGCUGCCGAGGAGAAGUGCAAGCAGGUGGAGGAGGAACUGACCCACCUCCAGAAGAAGCUUAAGGGGACUGAGGAUGAGCUGGACAAAUACUCCGAGGACCUGAAAGACGCGCAGGAGAAGCUGGAGCUGACGGAGAAGAAAGCCUCCGACGCCGAAGGUGAUGUGGCAGCUCUCAAUCGACGCAUCCAGCUCGUUGAGGAGGAGUUGGACAGGGCUCAGGAACGACUGGCCACAGCCCUGCAGAAACUGGAGGAGGCGGAAAAGGCUGCAGAUGAGAGUGAGAGAGGGAUGAAGGUGAUAGAGAACCGCGCCAUGAAAGAUGAGGAGAAGAUGGAGAUUCAGGAGAUGCAGCUUAAAGAGGCCAAGCACAUCGCCGAGGAGGCCGACCGCAAAUACGAGGAGGUAGCUCGUAAGUUGGUCAUCCUGGAGGGUGAGCUAGAGCGGGCAGAGGAGCGUGCCGAGGUGUCCGAAUUAAAAUGUGGUGACCUGGAAGAAGAACUCAAGAAUGUCACUAACAAUCUGAAGUCACUAGAGGCUGCAUCUGAAAAGUAUUCUGAAAAGGAGGACAAAUAUGAAGAAGAAAUUAAGCUUCUGUCUGACAAACUGAAAGAGGCCGAGACCCGUGCUGAAUUUGCAGAGAGAACAGUUGCGAAACUGGAAAAGACAAUUGAUGACCUGGAAGAAAAACUUGCCCAGGCCAAAGAAGAGAACGUGGGCUUACAUCAGACACUGGAUCAGACACUAAACGAACUAAACUGUAUAUAACCAAAACAGAAGAUUCUUGUUCCAACAGAAACUCCAGAGCGCCGUGUCUUUCUCUUCUCUUGUAAGAAGUUUCUUUUGUUAUUGCCUCUUCGCUUUGCUGGAAAUGUCAAGCAAAUUAUGAAUACAUGACCAAAUAUUUUGUAUCAGAGAAGCUUUGAGCACCAGUUAAUCUGUUCCUUCCUUUUUUCCAAAAUGACACCAGUUUUUUCAGCUCUAUUUUUAAUCCUUAAAUUGCAUAUAUUCCUAAGGUAGGCAGGGUAUUUCAUAUUGAGCAUACAUACUCUCUUUUAAGACUGAGGGCAUUUGGUUCCUGGGAGAAUAGACAACCCCACACUUUCAAAACACAGAUUCUGAUGUCUAGUCAUGGGUCAGUUUAAAACGUUGGAGAAUGUCCACCAUUGGUCACGUGGUAGGAGGCCAGGGAUCGUCACAUUAAAAUGGGUGGGGAUUUUCCAUGCAGACCAAAGUGGGGGUGGGGUUACUGUGGGAAGUCAUAAACCACAGAGAGGUUAACCUGAUCAUCCUGGCUCUUUUCCGCACUCCACCGUGCAGAACAGAACAAACAUCCUCUGAGCAGUCAGCGUGAGAGUGCUCAGAAAAGAGUCAUAAUAAUUACCCAAAUGUUUUUUGGAUAGAUCCUUGAUAUGCUCUUCUAUAUGUUUCUUUUGCUCUAAGUUCUCUGAGGAGCUGAUGUCUUAUUCCAAUAAUGACCCAUGCUUAUCUGCUCUGAUAUGAGGCCAUCCACUCAGGAGGAAUGAAUGUUGGAGAAUUCAGUCCUAUUCAGAGAAGCAGUCUUUUUCAAAACUAUCAGUAAUUGAGCAAGACUGUUUUUCUGUGAACAAAUAUUAGGCAGAAUGGCCCUCUCAGACAGCAAAGUAAAAACUAAAAAAUUGGCAUAACUUCAUCUCUAUACUCAAGAGAAUGGCAAAUUGGAAAUUUACUUAUCUAGAUUUUUAAUUCCUUCUUCAGGACCAAGUUAAUAAAAGACCGAAAAACUCCUGAUUAAA